GCGGCCAGGAGCAUCACGAGACAAUAUAGUAGCGAACCCAAGACCUGAUAAAGACGACCUCCGAGACUGAAGGAUAAACACAAGGACAUGCGCCCACUGGCGCGCGUACAAGCACUUCAACAAAUCCUCCCCAGAAGAACAACAAGAUCCAUCAUGGCGUCCACAACAGCAUCGAUGAGCCAUAAUAACAGCAGCAAGCAAAAACAAAAACUCCGCAUCCUCUGUCUCCAUGGCUUUACCUCCAAUUCCCAUGUCUCCGCUUUUCAACUACGCCGUCUCGUCUCUGCUUUCGGAGGUCAUUCUCCCUAUGUUCCCCCACAAGAUCCGAAUCUGGCAUCUUCAGACUCAAAUUACGAAUACGAAUUUCUCUUCGCAAAUGGUCCUCACAUAGUCAAAUACUCCUCUUCCGACUCCGAUGGCGGCAUGGCGAUGGACCCGACAUGGCAUGAAUUCGUUUUCGGACUUCACGAGGAAAGUGCAGAAAGUGGACAUCGAGCUUGGUGGUUUGCGAAAGAUCCAGAUUGGAAGAAUAAGAAAGAAGGAGAAUUCGAGGGGAUUGAGAAGAGUUUUGAGGAAUUAGGGAAGUGGAUUAGAGAGAGUGGGAAAGAGGGAGGAGAUGAAGGCAUUGAUGCAAUUUGGGGGUUUAGUCAGGGGGCUUGUUUGGCUGGGAUGUUAUGCGGGUUGUUGUCAAGGAGAACGACGGGAGAGGAAGAGCAACAUCCGUUGUUGAAGUUGUUGGGUUUGAAGCAGGAACCCGAGCGCCUGAAAGCGGGGAUCAUUUUCUCGGGGUUUAGAGCGAGGUUCCGGCAGUAUGACGGGAUUUAUGAGGAUGGUAUUGGGAUCCCGAUGUUGCAUGUUUUGGGUGAGAAAGAUCCUUUGGUGGGGAGUGAGAGGAGUGAGGCGCUGUUGAGGGUUUGUGAAAAGGGUGAGGUUUUGAGAUUUGAUGGAGGGCAUGAGAUUCCCAAGAGAGAGGAGGAUGUAAGGACUAUUGUGGAGUUUUUGAGGAGGGCUCUGGAGGGGGAUGAGGUGGAGACGAGUGAGGUCAGGGAGACGAGGGAGAGGGCUUUCAUGUAACAACGACGCUGGAGAGUGUGUUAUGACAUAGAUUAGACUUAUAUUUGGUGGCAGAUAGACACAUUGUAUUCCUGCAUCCGGACCACAACGACCAGAUCUCAAGAACACCGUGCGAAGAAGCGUGUAAUCGCCUCAGAGA